AUGGCAACAACGCUACCAAGGCCAUCUCGUCCUUCCAACGGGCCGCCCACAAUGGCCCUCCCCGCCCUACCUAUCGCCAAAACUCGCAAGAGCACAGGCAACAUUCCAACACCUGCAAGCAGGUCCAUUCCCAACACUCCGAAUCCCAAGAGCGGGCUCAGGGCACCAUCUACGAGCUUCGCACCACCGACCUCCCCCGCCCCGACAUCCGCACUGCCACAGCCAAGGUCGUCAUCUGCUCUUGGCACGCCAGCCCGGACACUUCGAAAGACUGUGAGCAUCAACUCGUUCCCACAACCACCACGAAGUGAAGGGCGGGUGAGCAGCUUGCCACCGAGUCCUCUCGGAGCCGAUUCCCCAAGAAACUCUGUCCGAAAAUCGCGAGCUUCACUCGCGCCCUCAUACUCCCAUCUCAGCAACGGUACCCCGAGCCUCCUCAACAAUAGUGGCGAGGGCAAGUCAAUAUCUAGUGCCAGCGUGCGCAUGUCGGAUGGACUCAUCAGCAUCUCUUCUCCACCUCAGAGUAGGAGUUCCUCGGCGCAAGAUUCAUAUUCCACCUCAGCAACCACCUAUGACGAUCCUGUCGACGGAGCAGCGUCCAAAGGUGCCGAUGCAAGCGACAAAAGAUUAUCCAAACUUGAAGGCAAGGGCAAUGUGCUUGUCAGCGUCCGUGUGCGUCCCGACGCCAAUGGAAGCGACAACAACAAGUCCGAAGGCGAAUGGAUGGUCGAUGGCCGCAAGUCGCUUGUCGCAUAUCGCGGCAAAGACGGAGGAGACCACUUUUACGACAAUGUUUUCUCGACACACGACGACAAUGGUCGGGUAUAUGACCACAUUGCCAAGCGCUUGGUACGCCGGGUCAUGGAGGGCUAUCACGGAACUGUCUUCGCCUACGGUAUGACUGGUACUGGUAAAACUUUCUCCAUGCAAGGCACGGCAUCAUCUCCUGGUGUUAUACCGUUGGCAAUUACGGAUAUCUUUUCGUACAUCCGGGAGACACCCUCGCGCGAGUUUCUUCUGAGAGUCAGUUACCUCGAGAUUUACAACGAGCGGAUCCACGAUUUGUUGAGCAUGUCGACCGCCGGAGUAGGCGUCAAUGCUGGGCAAGAGGAGAUCAAACUCAGGGAAGACGCCAAGCGCGGCGUUUAUGCCAGUCCCUUGAAGGAGGAAAUCGUCCAAAGUCCCACUCAGCUGCUGCGGGUGAUCGCUCGUGGAGACCAGGCGCGUAGGACGGCGAGCACGCAGUUCAACGCCCGAAGCUCUCGCAGUCACGCCGUCGUCCAGAUCGUGGUAGAGAGUCGUGAGCGCAUCCCGGGCAACACGGGGGGCGAGAGCAAACGCUCUGGCAUGCUUCCUGGCGGUGUGAGGGUAUCGACCCUAAGCCUAAUUGAUUUGGCCGGUUCAGAAAAGGCCGCCGAGUCAAAGGAGAGACGAACCGAGGGCUCCCACAUCAACAAGAGUCUGCUGACUCUUGGAACUGUCAUCUCAAAGCUCUCCGACAGCAAAGACAAGGAGGGAAAAUCCGCCGACAAGGACGGAAAGCAUCUCCCUUAUCGUGACAGCAAGUUGACCCGGCUUCUGCAAGGAGCUUUGUCCGGUAAUUCUCUUGUCAGCAUUCUCUGCACCAUUCAGAUUGCUCUGCAGGCACCGCAGCAACGCGCCAGAGUGUUGUUGGAGCGAUAUCGCGUGGAGAUUGCCGACUUGCGACUGCAACUUGAUGCCCAGGCAAAAGCGAAGAAGCAGCAAAACGCCGAAGAGGAGAAGACGCGUGAUGUGGAAGAGGAGAAGGUCCGAGAGCUGGAGGCUGAACAUCGUCACGAAGAGCAGAUGCUCGAGAUGCACUUGGCACGAACCGCACUCAAGGAGCGCAUCGAUCACCUCAACCGCCUCAUCCUGAGCUCCAAAUCGACCGGCGUCAAUAGCGGCACCUUUAGCUCUCUCGGCGUCCGGUCCUCCAUGCUUUCUUCCAGGUCAUCAAUGGCGACCCCGAGCAGCGGACGGCCUCUGAUCGAAAGGACAUCCUCUAUGACUUCUGCGACGUCCACCAUAGGGCGCCGAUCAAGUGGCGGCGCUAAGCGGUUUUCUGGCGGUGAAACGGCACCUGAAGACGAGGACAGUACGGGCGAGUACGGAGACGGCACCGCAUCGCUGACAGCCCAAAACCGUGCUUUGCAAGCCGACCUAGCAGACAAGACGCGAUACAUUCAAACGCUAGAGAAACGAUUGAUGCAAGCGCGGCGGGCCAGCUCGUCUCGGACGUCUAUUGGAUUCUCCGCGCCGAACAAGGGCAUCAUGGUGGGCGAAGACCACAGUGUCUCGACGCUGUUGAAGGACAAGGACACGGAGAUUGCCGACCUCCGGGCCAGGUUAGAUGACAAGGACCGCAUGCUCGCUGCACUGCGAAGUGCGGCCCGGUCUCGGGACACUGCUGAGGGCACCUCGGAUAACCGAACCUCAUCAAUCUUCGACAGCAUCGGGCCGCCCCCUACAAGUCCUCCCGCCGCUGCGGCACCCCUAUUCCCAGAUGGCCGCAAUCGACGUAAGAGUGUGGACGAGAUGAGCAAGAUGCUUGACGAGAUGAUUCACGAACGCGUCGAAAACGGCCAGAUCGUGCGUGGCAAUCGGGGCAGCGUACGAGUCGUCAAUGAACGCAGACUCGAGCCCCUACCCGAGCCAGCGACUGGGUUGGAGCCACUUCGGCAGAGCCCGACGUUGGAGGAUGCGCCAAAGGUGCUUGUGGAGGCGUGAGAGUGGGAAGAUGACCCGCUUGGAUGUACGGAUGGCAGAUGGCAGACGUGAUGAGGUUACUCGAUAUCCCCUGGUUUGAGGAGGACAAGGAGGGGUGUCCAUGAGAAAAGGCGUUCUGGUUUGGCCAUUUUAUACUUCUUUUUUCUUGCUUCCGCGCUUAUACCCGACUUUCGUUUGCGGGCCCGCUGGGGGCGAUACAAGUUCAUUCUUACCUUCGAUGGAUGGGUUUUCAGAGGGGUGGACGGUAUGUGUUCAUUUUUUGUUUGCUUGUAUCACGCGAGGUCAACGGCAAACACGGAGACGGGAGACGGCGAUGGACGAAUGUCAUGUCCAGCAUCGAGCGCCUCUGCCGUUUGCUUUUAAUAGGGGAGACGACUCGGGCAGGCAUAACGUAGACAUACAUAUACACAUGUAAACACAGCACCGAGGAGACGACAGAGGGCUUGGGGCAGCUGGGGUUCCGCUUGCGCUUUAUGACUAGCGAUGCCCUGCUGACGAUGCGCUCAUGGUGCAAAGAGCAAUGGUCUAAUAAUGAAUUUUCUUGCAUCC